UUAUCCAGCGUGUGACGUGAACUCAACAUCUUUUCAGAUUAACAGACUCUCCAGAGUGAUUUCAUUUUGAAUGAAUUAAAAAUAAAAGGCUGUACAGUUUAUCACUUCAAACUCAAUCUGUAAAGCAGCGUAACAUGUUUGUAAUUCAAGUUUUUCCAGAAUGUUAUUAAGCCUCUCCUUAAACACCACACCAACCCCUCGCUCGGUCUGCUGCAGGAGCUCUGCGGUUCCUGUAGAAGUGCUUCCUGGUUUAGAUCUCAUGGCACAGACCCUGACCAGUUUAUUAGAUUUCAUGGAGAUUUUUCAGAGACUACAAAACGUUGUGUCCCAAAAGGUUCUUGUAAUGAGGUUUUAAAGGCACUAACUGAAUAGUUUUGUUCAUUUAAGGCUUUCCAAAAAACCAUGUACGAUUCAAAUCCGUCAUCAUAAAUGAAAGGCACGAACGAGAAGGUGUUGAUUAGUUUUCUAUAGCUCUGAUAGUAGCGCAGGUUUAUAUUAAUACACUCGCUCUAAUACCUUAUCGUUACUAUAGUAACGGCUCGUUCACAGGGGCGCGUACAGCACACGCUCCACAUGAACCGAUUACAAACCGUCUGUAGCUGUUGAUGUGGUGAAGCUUUCUGUAAGGAGGCGUUUGUAACGUGUAUGGAAGGAGUCUCCAGUGUCAGUGCUGUGUAACAGUCAGAGUUAAAGCUCGUGCAGUGUGCUCAUCUCUUUAGCUUCACCUGCCACUCACGCCUCUGAGAUGAGUCAUAUGACUGUGAUGUCAGCUUCAGGGGAGGGGCUUCAGAGUGCACUUGGGGAGGAGCCAGAAUCUGAAGACGGACCUUCAGGACUGUUUACAGGGCCGCCCUUAGGCAAAGGUCGAGGCGGCCGCAAGAAACACGGUGGGAAAAAGAGGAAUAAGGCCCAAGUGAGUGUGAGACAGAGGAACAGUACACCUGCACAGAAUCUCAGCUACAGCCCCUCCCACAGUACCUCCCGUAGCUCCUCCCACAGCACCAACCACAGCUCUGCCCCUGAUCCCUGUAGCACCUCCCACAGAGAGUACUGCAUCCACGGCUACUGCACCUACUUACAGGACCUGAAAGAGCCCAUCUGUGUGUGUAUGAAAGGGUACGAUGGUAUGCGAUGUGGUAUCCAGCUGCUGCAGACUGGUUCUAUGGGGCGGGAUGAUCACCAUGACGACACACUGCACAUCACACUCAUCACCAUCACAGUCGUCCUGUCAAUCAUCAGCUGCUCCGCCCUCCUACUCAUCAUCUAUGUGCAUUACAGAGCUCAGCACAGUUUCCAGGCAGCGUUACUCAGUGCUGCUGAUGAAGGUGACAAACUUCAGAACAACAGCGCAGUGUGACACAGCGCCCCCUGCAGACACAACAGAAUCAGCAGAGCGUGCAUGGACACACAGCCUUGAAGAAACACGCUACACGCUUCACCCUUAAUAUUUAUUUAUUUAUUGGAAAUGUAUUUUAUAUUUGAAUAUUUUCACAGAGUGUGAUGUAGAAUAUUGUUAAUACACAGAUCUGAUGAUGAAGAUGAAGAUCAUGAUGAUGAGGAUGAGGAUGAUGAUUGUUCCUCACUCUCACCUCUUUCAUGCGUCACUUCCUGUUAAGUGCUUACAUGCAGUGUGUGAGGUCUGUUGUUCACUAAAGCCAGACUGUAGACAGUGUGUGACAUUUAGAUGAGUUGUUUAUUGCUGUUUAACGGUGCAGUGUGUAAUGUUUAGCUCCCUCUGCUGCCUGAGAGGAGAACUGCAAUUAAACUACAUGCCUAGAGUCUAUAACAGAAAGGGUGUGUGGAUAAUUUCAGUAGCAGAAUACCAUAAACAGAAUCCUUAUUACAGGUGGAAAAACCUUUACAAACUGCACCUUUACACUGCGUGGCUCACACUGCUGUUCAACCCCGUAAUCAACUCUGAUAUCUAUAAACAUUUCAGUUUCAGUCAUGCUCUGAUUUUUAAUGCUCAUUCUGAUGCUAGGCUAAAGGUGUCGCUCAUUUGCUAGUAAUAAACGCAGUAUGGUUGUGUAACCACGGUAACCAGUCGCUGUGUAGAGCCCCAAUAAAAGUAUUAAAAAUGUCACAAACCGAUGACCUGAAACGUUUUAUCUCUGAGUCUGAGGCCGUUAUCGACCGAAUGUUAUCUGAAUGGUGAUGUGUUCAGAUUAAUGAAGUGCACAUAAACACAUUAAUCAGAUUACUGUCAAAUCAGACUAUUUUAUAAACAAUGCUGAUUAUUAGGAAUGGCCACGCCCAUGAUGAUGUCACAGUGCAAGGGCAAAGGGGGCGUGGCAACAGUAAUGCAGGUCAAAGGUUUGACUCUUUUUAUUUCCUGUUUGUUACCGCUGAGGUUCUGGAAACUUCUUGAAGGAAAACAGUUCCUGUAUGAGUUCCUGAACUGUGAUUGUUAUGGGGAAUAACAGAAGUGAUUAUUUGUGAUAUUUGUGUAGUGUGAAUAUGACGUUAAUAUUAACACCACUUUUUAAACCAAUUUUAAACUUUA